AUGGUGCUCGGGUUGCCCAUUGGACAGCACGUCUCUGUGCGCACCGAGACGCCAGAUGGGAAGACCGUCGUGCGGUCGUACACGCCCAUCUCGCUAGACGAAGACGCGCGCGGGUACUUCGAGUUGAUGGUGAAGUCAUACGCGAGUGGUACCGUGUCAAAGCGUAUCGGUGAGUUGAAAGUCGGGGACAGUAUCAGUGUGACGGGCCCACUUGGGCCGUACGACUACAAGCCGAAUUUCAAGAGACACAUCAGCAUGGUUGCUGGUGGUACGGGCAUCACGCCCAUGUUCCAAUUGCUGAAGGCUAUCUCGGGGAACCCUAAGGACAAGACGCGCGUCUCGCUCAUCUACGGGAACGCCUCCGAGGAGGACAUCUUGCUCAAGAACGAGAUCGACCGGAUCGUCAGCGAGAGACCUGAACAGUUCAGUGUGUACUACCUGCUCGACAGAGUCGACCGCGACGACUGGGAGGGCGGCCAAGGGUACGUCACUGGGGAACUCAUGGAGAAGCUGUUCCCCCGUGGGUCCGAGCCGGGAACGCAGUUGUUGCUGUGUGGCCCACCCAGGAUGGUCUCCUCCGCGAAGAGACUCGCCAAGGAACUCGAGUACAAGCGCGGCGGGGUCCCUGCAAAGAUGACCGACCAGAUCUUCUCUUUUUGA